AUGGCCAAGGAGACGGUGCUCCUCGUCGUGGCUUUCGCCGUUGCCGCCGCCUUCCUGUGCUCGUGCCCCGUCGCCGUCUCCGCACGGAAGGUGGGCGAGACGUGCGCGCUGUCGCGGAACUGCGACGCCGGGCUGCACUGCGAGACGUGCGUGGUGGACGGCAACGUGCGGCCGCGCUGCACCCGCGUGACCCCCGUCGACCCGCAGAGCAAGGACCGGGGGCUGCCGUUCAACCGCUACGCGUGGUUGACGACGCACAACUCCUUCGCGCGGCUGGGCACCCAGUCCCAGACCGGGACGGCCAUCGUCACGGCGUUUAACCAGCAGGACACCAUCGCCGAGCAGCUCAAUAACGGCGUGAGGGGGCUGAUGCUGGACAUGUACGACUUCCGCAACGACAUAUGGCUCUGCCACUCCUACGGAGGCGCAUGCCGAAACUUCACCGCAUUCACGCCGGCGGUAAACGUGCUCCGGGAGAUCGAGGCGUUCCUGAGGAGGAACCCCUCCGAGGUGAUCACGAUCUUCAUCGAGGACUACGUGGAGGCGCCCAUGGGGCUCACCCGGGUGUUCAACGCCUCCGGCCUGACGCCGUACCUGUUCCCCGUGUGGCGCAUGCCCAAGAACGGCGGCGACUGGCCGCUGCUCAGCGACAUGGUCCGCGACAACCACCGCCUCCUCGUCUUCACCUCCAGGUCCGCCAAGGAGGCCGCCGAGGGCUUCGCACACGAGUGGGGCUACGUCGUCGAGAACCAGUAUGGGAGCAAAGGGAUGGUGAAGGGGUCGUGCCCGAACCGCGCCGAGUCGGCGGCCAUGAACGACCUGUCGAGGUCUCUGGUGCUGGUGAACUACUUCCGGGACCUCCCCAACUUCCCGGAGGCGUGCAAGGACAACUCGGCGCAGCUGCUGGGCGUGCUCGACACCUGCCACGCCGCGUCGGGGGACAGAUGGGCCAACUUCAUCGCCGUCGACUUCUACAAGAGAAGCGACGGAGGCGGCGCCGCGGAAGCCACGGACAAGGCCAACGGCGGGCUGGUUUGUGGAUGCGGAAGCAUAGCUGCCUGCACUAGUAAUGGUACAUGCUCGCCGCGCCGGCGCGGGAGCACGCCCAAAGGCAUCUUCAACAAGACCUCAGACGCCGCUUCGUGGCAGCCGCCGGCCAUGUUGCGAUGGCAGCAGCUGAUGCUGCUAGCCACCUUCACUGAUCUACUAUUAUGCUUGUAG